GUGAUCAGCCCACUUUGGCCUCCCAAAGUGCAGGGAUUACAGGCAUGAGCCACCUCUUCCCGCCAGAGGGCACAUUUCAAACAGCAUUCUGAAGACAUGGUGGUAAGAAAGAGCAGAUAGAGGUGACACAGCCACAGCGGAGAUGAGGCCAAGGACAAGGGAACGCAGGAUGCCGCUCCCCACCUAGAGGACGCUGAGAAGGCCCAAAGCGAAGACAGAGAGGACCCGGAAGUAGGGAGGACCUCCGAGCACGUGAUGGGGGAACCCGCGGGUGCUGUCACGUGACCCGACAACCUGCCUCCUCACUGUGCCGCACGUUCUGCUGCUCUUAAAGACCCUCAUCCCUCCCGUGGGAGCCCCCUCUGGACACUUUGUGACCCUGGACCCUUGGGGGACCUGAACUUGAUGCCAUGGGAGGCUGUGCGGGCUCGCGACGGCGCCUUUCGGAUUCCGAGGGUGAGUAUUCCUGCCCACCCUCCUGGGAGCGACCACCUCUGGCUCGCAGCCCACCCGAGGGGAGUGAGAGCUGACUCGGCCCCGGGAGGACACGCAUGGGGCCGUCGUGUGCCUGAGAGUGGGUGGGGGUCAUGCCCUCUUCUCACUCUCCCAGGGGAGGAGACCGUCCCGGAGCCCCGGCUCCCUCUGUUGGACCGUCAGAGUACGCAUUGGAAGAACGCGGUGGGCUUCUGGCUGCUGGGCCUUUGCAACAACUUCUCUUACGUGGUGAUGCUGAGUGCCGCCCAUGACAUCCUUAGCCACGAGAGGACAUCGGGAAACCAGAGCCAUGUGGACCCAAGCCCAACACCCAUCCCCCACAACAGCUCAUCACGAUUUGACUGCAACUCUGUCUCCACAGCUGCCGUGCUCCUGGCGGACAUCCUCCCCACACUCGUCAUCAAAUUGUUGGCUCCUAUUGGCCUUCACCUACUGCCCUACAGCCCCCGGGUUCUCGUCAGUGGGAUUUGUGCUGCUGGAAGCUUCGUCCUGGUUGCCUCUUCUCAUUCUGUGGGGACCAGCCUAUGUGGUGUGGUCUUGGCUAGCAUCUCAUCAGGCCUGGGGGAGGUCACCUUCCUCUCCCUCACUGCCUUCUACCCCAGGGCUGUGAUCUCCUGGUGGUCCUCAGGAACUGGGGGAGCUGGGCUGCUGGGGGCCCUGUCCUACCUGGGCCUCACCCAGGCUGGCCUUUCCCCUCAGCACACCCUGCUGUCCAUGCUGGGUAUCCCUGCCGUGCUGCUGGCCAGCUAUUUCUUAUUGCUCACAUCUCCUGAGCCCCAGGACCCUGGAGGGGAGGAAGAGGCAGAGAGUGCAGCCCGGCAGCCUCUCAUAGGAACUGAGGCCCCAGAGUCGAAGCCAGGCUCCGGCUCCAGCCUCUCCUUUCAGGAAAGAUGGACAGUGUUCAAGGGUCUACUGUGGUACAUUGUCCCCUUGGUCAUGGUUUACUUUGCUGAGUAUUUCAUCAACCAGGGACUUUUUGAGCUCCUCUUUUUCCGAAACACACCCCUGAGUCAUGCUCAGCAGUACCGCUGGUACCAGAUGCUGUACCAGGCUGGCGUCUUUGCCUCCCGCUCUUCUCUCCGCUGCUGUCGAAUCCGUUUCACCUGGGCCCUGGCCCUGCUGCAGUGCCUCAACCUGGUGUUCCUGCUGGCGGACGUGUGGUUCGGCUUCCUGCCAAGCAUCUACUUCGUCUUCCUGAUCGUUCUGUAUGAGGGGCUUCUGGGAGGCGCAGCCUACGUGAACACCUUCCACAACAUCGCCCUGGAGACCAGUGAUGAGCACCGGGAGUUUGCCAUGGCAGCCACCUGCAUCUCUGACACGCUGGGGAUCUCCCUGUCAGGCCUCCUGGCUUUGCCUCUACAUGACUUCCUGUGCCAGCUCUCCUGAUACUCGGGCUCUUUGGGCUCCUCUACCCAUAGGGACCUCUCUCUGCCAGGUUAAACCACGCCAGAGCCCCUCCACGAACUGUGCUCCCAGCCUUCCCAGCAGGGCCGGGAGUAGGGAAGGGCUGAGCCUUGUUCCCCUGGCAGGGGGGCCAGUCAUGGUCUCCCACUUGGGGAGUUUCUUUCUUGUAUCGUGCCCUCUGAAUAAAUGUUGAUUUUAUCCGUGGA